GGGACAGGCAAUAGCAGUAGCCCUAUGAGUGGUCCAGGCGGCGGGAGGGGCCGCAGACGAGGCCAGAAUGCACCACAGCCAACUCCCAACAUCGUUCAUGAGGCUGACAGACUCCUCAAUGGCGAGUACGUCCCAGGGAGCCUCCGGCGGUCCCAUCGCAUCGCGCGACAAGCCAACGUGCGGCGGGCCACCCUCGACAAGACCACCAUUCGGCUUAAGAAGCUGUCAGAAGAGAAGCUGAAUCUGCUGAAGCAGAUGGAGAGGGGAAAACCACUUAGCGUGGAGGAGAAAGUGGAGCUUGAGAGGCUGGAAGCGGAGCUGGUAGAUCCCAGAUGGAGCAACCAAGAUGAAACAUGGAGUGAGUGAGUGAGUGAGCCAGAAGGUUGGGCUGAUGAUACAUAUGAGUGGGUUGGCGGUCUCUCUCCCUCUUUGUUUUGUGUGUGUGUUUUGUGUGUGCGCUGCUCAUUCAGGGAAGGCCUUCAUCGACACGGGAGGCUUCCACGCGAUCAAGGUAAGCAUCACAUCGCAUCACCGGCUUCUAUCCUGACUGACCAUGUGUGUGUGUGUGUGUGUGAAUGUCGCAGAACGAGUAUCUGUUUUGCAAGGAUCUGUUCCCACGUUGUGCCCUUAAGCUGCUACAACGCCUUUGGUAAGCAACACACACAUACGAUAUGUCCGGUGGAUGCGAUGGGAUGCGGUUCGUUCAGGGAUCAUCUCACCCGGAGGGACGCGCUGCAUUGCUUGGACUUGCUCGGCGACGAGGAAGGUGUGGUGGACUGGGCGCCAGCCCCAGGAGGGUGUGGAGAGAUCAUCAACGAAUGGGUCGUCGAGUGUGAAUGCAUGCUGGUGAAAGUGGUCAGGCCUGGGGGCUGGCAGCCUGCCAAUGGCGAUGGCCUGAUGGCGGGACUUGUCAAGCAGGAGCCUAUAGAGGGACAGGGGGCUGACGAGGGUGAACAGGUGAGUGAGGUGGGGGUGGGGGAGAGAGGAGCAUCGACACGUAAGGAUUAUUUAUUGGGUUGGGUGGAUGUCUGUGUGCGUGUGUGUGUGUGUGAACAGUUGGAUGAGGGUGAGUUUGACGAGGAUCGCAUCAUGGACGGAGAGGAAGACGAUGUGGCCAUGGUCAGUGAGUGAGUGAGUGAGUGAGUGAGAGAAUGAGCGACGACAGGCACAUAAAUGUCUGGCCACACGCGGUGCACAUGCUGCUGUUCUCAUUUCAGGCUGACGCGGAUGCGGAUGCGUCGCCCGAGGCGGAAGACAACUUGGAUGAGGACACCGACCAACAGGUGGGUACAGUCCGUGUGUGGGAGGGGGGAUGGAUGACGCACAUGUCAGUCAUGUGGAAGCGUCAACGAUACCAAUCGCAUCGCUGGUGUGUAUCUGUUGGCGGGGCGGCAGGAUGGUGCCCUCGUAGCCGACGUCGGCGAUGGUGAUGGCGAUGGUGGGGCUGCUGACGACAGAAUUGGCCAAUCGCCACGGUUGAAUGCGGUGGGUAUCACACACACACGGACAGACAGACAGACACACGGACAGACAGACAACAUGGCCCAUCCAUCCCUCUCCCUCUGUGUGAGCCCUUCUGUCAGGCUAGUGCUGCCGCUGGUAGUGGUGCUGCUGGUGCUGCUGAUGGCGCCGCGCCCGACUCACCGAUGGACGUGCCCAUCGUUUCCCCCAAGCAAGAGGCCGACACACCCAUGGUACCCUAGACACACACACACACACACGGAGAGAGAGAGAGAGAUCCAUGCAUCCCUCUCUCAGGAGCACCCCGACGACCACUCCACCGUGCGCAUGGUGGCCACCAUUCGCGACGACAUCAUCACCCACCCCUCCGAGAACGAGCACCUGCCCACUGUCAAGACAGAGACCGAGACAGACGCAGACGGCCGCGUCAUCAGCACCACCACCACGCCCAUUCCCCCCCUGGAAGAGUGCCACAGCAUUGCCAAGGCCUUCUACCAGCAGCACAUGCACAAAGCCUUCAAACAGACUGGCUGGCGUGUGGCCCGGGAGAUGCUGAGGUGUCUGCUUAGUGAGGACGACUUUGCCUAUCACGCGUGGCGAUGGGCGAGGUGGUGCCUGAAGGCGGGGCCUGGCACAGGAAAGCCCCCCGAUUUCUGCCAGCUGGGGGUCUUUCGAAAGGUACGUGGGCUGACGUUUUGACGGCUGACGGACACGCGCCCCCAUGUGUGUCGUGUGGUGUGUUGUUCAGGUGGUGGUUCGAUUUGAGAAUGGCGAGACGCAGGUGUGGCAGCUCGAUGGGGCCGAGAUGGUGUACUCGCAUAGCAAAAAGGGCGUGGCCGAGCUCAUCGACGUCACCACACAACAGGACCAGGUGGACUUGCCAGCGGCGCACAUCAAGCAGGAGCAAGAGGCCGGCAUCGAGGAAGAGGGAGAGGGAGAUAAAGAUGACCGAGACCACGGCGAGGAGGGCGGUGGUGAGACUGGCAACGACAUGGACGAGGAGGCAUCACCACAGGUCAGGUUUUUAGCCGAGAAGAGGUUCAUCUGGCAUCAUCAUGCAUAUCCUCAUGUGUGUUGUCUGAUGGGUUCAUGGCAUGCAGGCUGGUGUGCACGGCGACCCGGUUGCCGACAACACGCCCCCUCCCCCAGACAACAUCCCGCCUGCCGACCUAGGCAAGCACACCAUCCACCAUCCACACACACACACACAGACACUCUCUGUGUUCGUUAAGGUGCCCCAACCUCCCCCUCCCCUGCCGCCCCCCCUGCUGCUCUUCGUCGCCACGUGCGGAUCAGACCCAUCACCAUGGACGAGUGGCGGGAUAAGCACGAGCCCGACAUUCGCCAGACAUUCGAAGAAUUCUGCAGAGGAAAGGGUGAGUGGCCACACAGAGAGAGAACCCACAGAUGGAUGGAUGGAUGUGUGUGGUGUGGAUGGAUGCAGCCUCCUCCUCGAGCAACGCGCUUGGCGCCUACGCAGUGAUGCGCUUCACCGACAAGGACAUCUGGCACAUUGAGCCGCAGCCCAUCCCCGGCCAGCUGACAGGCAAGGACCUGGUCCAUCCACACGUCAUCAGAGUCACCUUUGCCCACAACGAGACCAAGACCCUCACCGAUUGGAUGCGCAAAAGAUCGGACGAGAAGACGUUCGAGCGGCACUUUCGCCUCGUUUUCGACCGCUGGUUCCAUCGGCACAAGGCGGCCAUUAUGCAUGGGCUGGGUGUGAAUCUGCUGCCCCGUAUGCCACGUGACCGGGAGAUGGUGGCUCGUGCUCGUGCUGCUGCUGCUACCGCUGCCGGUGGUCAUGCUGAUACACCCGCCCCUGGUGCGGUGCGCACCGCACGUCUCUCAUACUGGCCUCUGUGUACGUACACUGAUCUGAUGGAUGGACAUCGAUCAUCGGUCUGUUUUCAGGUGCUGCCGAGGUGGCCGCGCGCCAUGACGACACGGCGGAAGCCGAAGAGCGGCGCCGGAAGCGCAAAGAGAGACGGCGGCUGGAGGUAAGGGCAAAACAGACACACUCUUUCACACACGCAUAAGUUGUGUGUGUGGAUGUGGGUGUGUAUGGUGCUCAGAGAGCACAGAGGGAGCAGGCAGAGGGUGGUGCUCCUGCGAACGGCGUGGUGCCUUUGGUGGCCGUCAAGAUAGAACCAGGAGUGGAGCAAGCGGCAUCGGUAUGAGACAAUCAGAGAGAGAGACAGGGGGGACAUACAUACACCCGCACGCAUGUCCGUGACAACGCGUUGCAUCCAGUGAUCGCGUUAAUUGUGUUGCGUGUGUGUGUGUGUGCAGGCGGCCUUCACGCCUGUGCCGAUCAGGCAGGAGCCCACGGAUGAGCACGAAUAUGAGCCGACGCACCACCCACAGCCGCAAGCACAGCGGCCCUUCGUGCCGAUCCCACCACCCAUCCCCAUCCCACCACCACAGCCACGUGAGCACAUACAGCACCACACACAGCAAGCCAAACCCACUCAUACGCAUUAUAAUGGCCGUCUGUCUCAUCCGCUCAGUGGUCGGCGACGGUCUUCCCCCUCAUGUGCAACCCACACCCCUGCCAGCAGGAGCAGCAUCACCAGCAGCAGCAGCAGCGGACGGCUCGGAGCCAUCCCCGGCCAACAGCAACCGCAACAACGGCACCAAGCGCAAGAAGAACUUUGCGAGUGGCGUGUCGAUCAAGAAGACCAAGAAAGCCAAGAAGAAGGCCGCUGCAGGGGACGGCAGAGGGGAGGGAGAGGGACAGGGACGGGGGGCCGACAUUCCCGCCAAUGAGGCGGCCGAUGCGCCGCCUCUUCCGCCCAUCAACAGCAACGGCUGGUCCAUCCCGCCCCCUCCGCCUCCUCCUCUGGGGCUUCACCACUCCUAUGGCCAGCUGCAGCCGCCCCCGCCCCCGUACCCUCCCCCGCCAUAUGCGCACAGCACGGCUGACCAAUACGGCUAUCAGCCGCCACCUCCACCACCCUUGAUGCCGAUGCCGCCCCACCAGCCCUACCAGCCACCCAUGUCGCACAACGGUCCCCACAUGAUGGACGGUGAUGGAGAAGAGGAUGAUGAUGAUUUCGACAAGCUGUGGGCGGACGGGGCCAAGGGGCAGCCGCAUGAUGAGAUGACUGACGCGCACAUGCAGCACCAGCACCAGCACCAGCAUCAUCACCACCACCACCAGCAGCAGCAGGAGAGCGGUGCGGCGGCAUCGGCCGCUGCCGCUGCUGGAUUGGAGCACAAGGGCGAGGAGGAGUCGAUGGUGGCCGAAAAGCAGGACACAUGGCAGCAGCAAUCGGCAGGUCAGCCCGGCCCUCAGCCCAGCAGCAAGAGGGAGGAGGAGGGCGAGAUCCCCGAGGUCCCCGACCACCCACCCAGUCACACUGGGCCCACCCAAGGCGCCCCCACCACUACCGCAACCGCCAAGGUGACCCUCCGCGUCUUGGCCGAGGCCAACAGUGACCCGAGCAGCCGCUCGCCGCCGUUCGACUUGGUGAGGCUCCGGGGGGUUCUCAGCAACAUCGAGCGGCGCUCGAGUGACUUCGGCUACAUCAGGAAGACUGGUGACCACACUCCCACUGCAGCGACCCUUAUCACCACCCUGUCCGAGUCAACGAGACGCCCAGAGAUAACGGUGGGUGAGACGGUGGAUGGAUGGAUGGAUGGACAUGCCUGUGUGUGUGUGUGUGUGUGUGUGCAGGUGAGCAUGGAGGGCCCGAUCGACAAGGUGGCAGAAAAGGCCACCAGCCUGCUCAGCACGUUCGAGCGGGGCGUCGAUGAGGAAGCCAUCCCCCCCGUUGUGCUCGACGCCCAGGCUGCCAAGCAGGAGAACAAGCGACGCGGACGGAUGAAGGGUGUCCACAUCAUGUUCGAGACGUCCCGCGAGCAGCUCAUGUGCGCCCGGCUGCAUCUCGAGCAACAGACGAGCAAUGAGGUGGGCGGCAAGGGAGGAUUUGGCAAGCAGUACAAGGAUGAGGUAGGCCGCUCCAUCGGCCAUUACCAGGAGAAUCCAUCGGGCGGCUUCUCGUGGCGGGGCUCGGCAAGCUCCCUCUUCGUCAAGCUGUCCGCCGACUCCCUGGCUGCCUUCAACCCAUCCAUGGUGAUCGGUGACGGCUUCGACGAGACCAUGUGCGUCGUGCGCUUCUACGAAGCCCACGGCGUUCUUUCGGUCCCUCGUGCAGCGACGAGGCCGUGGGAGCACGUGCUGUGUGCCGGCAGCCACAUGGACCACCGUCGGAUCGAGGUGCGUUACGGCUUGUCCAACCCAAAGCCCGCCAACAUCAAAGGAGGCACCAUGAGUCACACCUGCCCCACCCUGUUUGUGAGGAUGGAGGGACGGGAUUUGCUGCCGUUUUUGCUUGAGAGCUACCCUGUCGGGGAGGGGGGCGGUGUGGUGGACGUGGAUAUUGUCAAAGCCCACAAUUGGCCGUAGCAGUACUACCAGCGAUCGAUCGAUCGGUGCUGGUGGGUGGGUGGGUGCGCGUGGGGGGGAAGGGGGGGGUGCCAGCCUGUGUGUGUGUGAUUUAGGUCUGUGUGAGUGGAUGGGAUGGGUCUGCCUGAUAGCGAUUUGCCUGAUCUGAUGGAUGCACGACAGAUAGAGAAGACAGACAGACAGACAGGUGGAUGGACGGACAGGUGUGUGGGGUCGAUGAACAGCUAUUCUUGGCCGAGUGUGUGUCUGGUGUGUGUUCCAUUCCUCCGUGGGUGGGGACACUUGGCCGAUUUGCAAGCCAUUGCAUGUACCAUAUGUAUGUACCGAUGGAUGCAGUCACAGUGCCUUAAUUGUUGUGGUGUCGACACAUGAGUGCAUUGAAUGCAUUCGUGUGUUGUCAAGUCCCUCUUGUCGAGCAAGUGUCUCGUGCACUUGUCGCGUGCAUGGGAGGCCACCUCUCCGUUAGGGGCGCCAACACGACACACGAAGGCAUCAUCACGUGCAAACGGACGGACUGACCCAUGUCUGCGUGAAUGAAAAAAUGGAUGGAUGGAUGGAGCAGACACAAAUGGAUCUCUGGCUGAGAGUUGAACGGUAC